AGUGAGAAGGUUGGAGGAGCUGAAGGAACCAAACUCGAUGAUGACUUCCUUCAGAUGGAAAAGAAGGUGGACACCACCGGUAGAGCAGUGCUGGACAUCAUGACCAAAACUACAGAAUACCUACAGCCCAACCCAGCAUCCAGGGCUAAGCUGAGUCUGAUAGGGACCAUGUCUAAGAUCAGAGGACAGGAGAAGGGUCCGGGUUACCCCCAGGCUGAGACUGUACUGGGUGAGGCCAUGCAACGCUUCGGACGAGAGCUGGGAGAGGAGUCAUGCUUUGGUCUGGCUCUCCUAGAUGCUGGGGAGGCCAUGGGUGAGCUGGGGGCUGUCAAGGAUGCCUUGGAUAUGGAGGUCAAACAGAACUUUAUUGAUCCGCUACAGAACUUACAGGAAAAAGACAUCAAAGAAAUACAGCACCACCUGAAGAAGAUGCAGGGACGCCGCCUGGACUUUGACUAUAAGAAGAAACGUCACGGUAAAGGAGUUCUGGAGGAGGAGAUCACACAGGCGCUGGAGAAGUUUGAUGAGUCCAAAGAGGUGGCAGAGCAGAGCAUGUUCAACCUGCUGGAGAGUGAUAUUGAGCAGGUGAGUCAGCUAGCAGCGUUGGUCCAGGCCCAGUUGGAGUAUCACAGACAAGCUACAGAAAUACUACAGCAGCUCUCCAGCAAGCUGCACGAGAGGAUCCGGGAGGCACAGGAUAAACCCAGGAAGGAGUAUGUUCCUAAACCCCGGAUGGUCCUGGAGCUGCUCCCCCCGAGCGACAGCCACAAUGGGGGGCUCAACACCACCAAGUCCCCUGGCCCAGCCUCGUCCCCUGCUCCUAUGGACCAACCGUGCUGCCGGGCGUUGUAUGACUUUGUGCCGGAAAACGAGGGUGAGCUGGGCUUCAAAGAUGGCGAAAUCAUCACCCUAACCAAUCAGAUCGAUGAUAACUGGUACGAGGGCAUGGUCAACGGCCAAUCAGGUUUCUUCCCCAUCAACUACGUGGAUAUCCUGGUUCCACUUCCUCAUUAG